GGAACCGCUUUUUUUGAAUGGGAAAUGAGAACCUUAAACAAAACCCACACUGAAAACUUCACGGGUAAACUAAAAAAAAAAAGGAAUCCUAGAAGCGUUUAUAAUAUUUGUGGGAAAUCCUUGUCAUGGAAGUGCAAGCCCCCUGCUGUUUAAGUACAUGACAGCUUUAUUGUCACAUGCUUCCCCUCUGGACCCCAGCCAGUACAAUCCAUCCAAGAUGGCGGACGGGCCACCGUCGCCAAACAAGAGGUCAACUAAAGCUCCUUCAAGCCCGGGCCAAUUCUUCUCCGCAGGUUUCAACUUCAGGCGUGAGAGAUCAAGAGAAGAUAGAGAUGUGUAUGAUAGUGACGAGGAGGACUUGUUUGACAGCGAGAAACUAAAGACUCGAAUUGUGUCCAUGUGGAACAACAUGAAGUACGGCUUUAGUGUUCCAUUAAAGACUAACUUCAAUGAAGACUCCCCUAUUUGGCUUCUUGGGAGAUGCUAUCACGCUAAAAAUUACGAAUACACAUCAGAACAAUCCAAGCAACAGUGUCAAAUCCUCAGCCUAGAAGAGUUUCAUCGUCACUUCACCUCGCUUAUAUGGCUGACAUACAGGCGUUCAUUUGUGCAGUUAAAUGGCUCCACCCUCACUUCUGAUUGUGGCUGGGGGUGUAUGCUAAGGAGUGGCCAGAUGAUGCUUGCAUCAGGCCUAAUAUUUCAUUUUUUGAAAAAAGACUGGAGGAUAAGUGGCAGAUGCCACUCAAGAGAACAGGAGCAUUACUACAGAGUGAUCCUUCAGUUCUUUGGGGACCAAGAUGAUGAAGAAAGAAGCCCCUUUUCAUUGCACCGGCUUGUAACACUAGGGCAGCACACAGGCAAGCAGGCUGGUGAUUGGUACGGUCCUGCUUCUGUUGCUCACAUACUUGAAAAAGCCAUGAUAUCGGCUACACAUCCCCUCCUUCAUGAUAUUAAUAUUUAUGUUGCUCAAGACUGCACAGUGUACAUAGAUGAAGUCAAGAGAGUAUGCACUCACUGUAGAACACAUCAGAGGGACUGUUCUAGUGGCAAAUGGAGACCUGUUAUAAUCCUUGUUCCCAUGAGGCUGGGCGGAGAAGCACUUAACCCCAUCUACAUACCAUGUGUUAAGUCACUUUUCACACUAGACCAGUGUAUUGGCAUUAUUGGAGGACGACCCAAGCACUCUCUCUACUUUGUUGGAUUCCAAGAUGAGAAGAUGAUUCAUCUUGACCCGCACUACUGUCAACCAGUUGUUGACACAACACAGGAGAAAUUUCCCACGGAGUCAUUUCACUGUCCGAACCCAAGGAAAACGUCAUUUAAAAAGAUGGAUCCAUCUUGUACCAUAGGAUUCUAUUGUAGUUCACACGAGGACUUCGAGUCAUUCUGCCAGCACGCUUCAGAGGUAUUGAGGCCUCCAAUGCAGCGAGGCGACUACCCAAUGUUCAUCUUCGCUAAAACCCGAAGUACUUCGGUGUCUUCCGGAACUGUUCGGGCCGCGAGGCUUUCCGAGAGUCUUGUGGAGAGUGAACAGAACAAAGCUUUAUAUAGCCACGAGCACCGGGUACGGUCUUCGGGUUAUCAUGAAUUGACUUCCGAACAUGGCGAGCGAUCUUCGGGACAUCGCGAACAGCCUUUCGGACACGGCGAGGUGUCUUCAGAGUAUCCCGAUCACCCGCCGGACGCGUCAAACUUGAGCCGAAGUCCGACAACCGAAGAAUAUGUACUUCUAUGAAAGAUAGCUAUAUGACAGAGUAUAUAUAAAUAUAUAGAAUGAGAUAGUAAAUUUAAUCAGUGAUCUGUCAUUUGUAAGGCGGUGGAUCAAAGUGUAUAUUAAUAUUUGAAAAAAAGAUAAAUCCCUAUUACAGCACGUAACUUCGCAAAAGAUGCAGAAAGGCAAAGCAAAAUAUGAAGUUAAGACUCGAAUACACAAAACCUUUUAGAAAAUAGCGUUACCUCCAUUUAAAUAGCUGUUAUUGAUUUUAAGAUGGAUGCUAGUUCUUGACUGUUUAUAGAUGGGCCCGCCCACCACUCACGUUCUAGUAGUGUAUAAAGAUUUCAGAAGGAAUAACUGUUAAAAGAUUUUUAUAUUUCUUUCUGAAAAUCUAAUUGUAAAAUAUUCAUGUAUAAUACAAGUCGGAAAUUUGGUCAUACAUGGCUCUAGUAACUUCAUAAUAAAGUAUUAUUCGUAAAGAUAUAUUUCAAAUGGUUUUCGAAAUCAGGUAGGCCUGCAUGGCCAAUUAUUCCUAAAAAAUAUAUCUAAAAACUCUUCAAUUUCAAACCAGAUCCGUAGGCGGCUUGAGUACUUGGAACAUCCCCCUCCUCCCAUCCCAUACACAUAUCAAGAUAGUUUGUUUUAAAAAGUAUCAUCUUUUAAAUUUUCCUUAUAUGGAGAAUAGUUUUGGAAAGUUGGCAUAUAUUUUUAAUUUUAGAAACGUCAGAACAGUUUGAUGAUCAAACUUUUCUUUCAAAUUCUUUCAAAUUGAUUAGUCGAUCUACUCGUUUAAAAUAUUUGUUUAUCAUUCAGGGGGGGAGGAGUGCAGGCCGAAAGUCCACUUUCGGUUCUCAAUAGACGUGCUUUUUGCAGACAAAACUAUAAAGCAUAAGCUAGAUCACUCUGGUAUGUCAUUGGGCUGUUUUGAUAGCCAGAUUAAAAUCUUUAAUUCGCACUUCCUUUUAUGGCAGUGAAGCUGGUACCUGGUACUGUACUAUUCACACUGUAAUCAGAUAUUGUCUUUUAUGUUCCAGCUAGUGCUAGCGAACGGACUUUGAGUUAACGCGUCUAUAUAUUAUAGUCUGUUUUCCUUUCCCACCCUCCCACCCUAACACUGGGCUGAGAAGUCUAUUGGUUGUUUUCAGUACAGCUUUCACCAUUUUUAGUGUAUUAUCUUUCAAUAAACUUCUCAUUGUGCCAAACUCA